GCGGCGCGAGCGGCCAGCGGCUUGGCGGCCGUGCUGAUCGUCACCAUCGUGGUGGACGUGCUGGGCAACGCGCUGGUCAUCCUCUCGGUGCUGAGGAACAAGAAGCUCCGCAACGCCGGCAACAUCUUUGUCGUCAGCUUGUCUGUCGCAGACUUGGUAGUGGCAGUGUAUCCAUAUCCUCUGAUCUUGAGUGCCAUUUUCCAUAAUGGAUGGACUAUGGGAAACGUUCACUGCCAGAUCAGUGGGUUCCUGAUGGGCUUGAGCGUCAUCGGGUCGAUUUUCAACAUCACUGCAAUUGCGAUCAACCGCUACUGCUACAUCUGCCACAGCCUUCGGUAUGAUAAGCUCUUCAACCUGAAGAACACCUGCUGCUAUAUCUGCCUGACCUGGACGCUCACAGUGGUGGCCAUUGUGCCAAACUUCUUUGUUGGCUCCUUGCAGUACGACCCCCGGAUUUACUCUUGCACCUUUGCCCAGACGGUGAGCACAUCGUACACUAUCACAGUGGUGGUCGUCCACUUCAUUGUCCCGCUGUCCAUCGUGACUUUUUGCUACCUUCGGAUCUGGAUUUUGGUGAUUCAGGUCAAACACCGGGUGAGACAAGACUGUAAGCAGAAGCUCAGAGCUGCCGACAUCCGGAAUUUCUUGACUAUGUUUGUGGUUUUUGUCCUUUUUGCUGUGUGCUGGGGACCAUUAAACUUUAUCGGCCUUGCUGUUUCAAUUAAUCCUUCCAAAGUGCAGCCACACAUUCCAGAGUGGCUUUUUGUCCUAAGCUAUUUUAUGGCCUAUUUUAACAGCUGCCUCAAUGCUGUGAUCUAUGGGCUGCUUAAUCAGAAUUUCCGAAAGGAGUACAAAAGGAUUCUGCUGAUGCUUCGGACUCCCAGGCUGCUCUUCAUCGAUGUGUCCAAGGGUGGGACGGAAGGGCUGAAAAGCAAGCCAUCCCCAGCCGUAACAAACAACAACCAAGCUGAAAUACACUUGCUCCAAGGUAACAGCCAGCAAGCACUGAACCAAACCGAGUAAGCCAAAGAGCUCCCGGCAGGCAGGUGACGGAUCCUCUGCUGGCGCCUCGUAGGACGAGGAGCAGGAGGAGCACCACAGGCAUCUCCUGGAGACUCACAGGGUUACUGCUGAAGUGAACUAUGCAAAGCGAUGGGGCCUCUGCUUCCCUCCUGCGUAGUUCUGAGCGCAGAUCCUGCACAGGGCUUGCAGGGACAGGCUGGGUGAGGUGGGUCCCUGUGCCCCCAGCACGGGGACGGGCGCUGCGAUGGGCUGCAGCGCCUUGGCGGCACCAGGAGCUCACCCUGGCACAACCCCGUCAGGGCAGCACGCCGUCCCAGCAGGAGGGUUCUGCCACCACGGAUGGUUCCUGAGUGAAGCCCUGCUGGGGGUGGGUGUCCUCAGUGCCCAGCAGACAAAGCAGGGAACGUGGCUUCAAACAGAAAACACUGUGCCAUUUGCUAGCACUUUGAUAUAGAGACAGUACUUAGGAUAGGAUAGAUUUUUAUACUGAGUUAUUUUAAGACUGCCCAAGCAGCUCCUUAUUUUUAUGUUAAAAAACGGUUAACAGGGUACAGAGAGUUUAUUUUGUUAACAUUUGUUUACAGAAGAAUGGAAGUGUUUCUUAUACCGGGAAUCCUAAGCAGAGUCUGCUUCCCUGUGAGAAUCUAGCUUUAAUCAGAUUUGAGCUUUCAAGGAGAUCCAACAGCUUAACAUGUGCUCUGCUGGUUCCACCUGUUGUGUAGCUGACCUUGUGCUUCAGAAAUAGGGCUGACCUCUCCUAGGAACAGGGUUGACAUCACUUGCUCUGGAUUUGGCGUGGUGGCGUUGAAUAGAGCCUGGCCCCAGGUCCUGAAAUAGUCAUGAACUCCCAGAGAGACAGUGUGGUCAUGAAGGAAGAUGAAUCUCCUGCCACAAAGAAAUACUUUGGCAUGUUGGUAACAAAUGUUGUUUAAUCCAUAUAAGAGGAAUGUAACUGGUAUAUUUAUAUAUGAAUAUAUAUUGCAUAUGCUGUUUCUCCUUUAUCAGUUGAUUAAGAAAUUUUCAAUAUACUUCCUACUGCAAUUGUUUGUUCAUAAAGUAGAUUUGUUCCCUUUACCUGUUAAGGCUGUAAUGAAUUUCCCUUUGGACUGUUUAUUGAUAUUUUU